AAAUUUGUGGUUAUAUGUUAAAUACCUAUAUUAAUAUUUUAUGAAAAAUUCUCAUUAAGCAAAUAAAGUAUGUGAUUGGUGUAUAGAUACAUAAAUAGGCAAAUUUUGAUAGGAAAGAUAGCAGUUAAGACACUUAUAACAAGCUUUGUAUUACAUCAGACAAAAAUAACAAACCUCUGGGGAGAAUGCUGGUUAAUAUAGGUCGUGUCAGGAUAGCAUGCAAGUCAAAGCUUCACUGCCAACUGUGGUAACUCAAUCCCUCUCAGAUUAUUUCCUUUGAGCUCUGGGUUUGUGAGGAAGGUCUUGCAAUUAUGAGGUAACUCAAGGCAACCCUCAAGCCAACCAGUAAUGUCAAGGAUUCUUGAAAGCAAACAUUUAUUUUUUUAACAUAAUUGAGUGUUGUAGGGGUACAUCAGUGUGGGAGUCUUGGCACCCUCUAGCACUCAUGAAGGCCGGUGGGAUGAUGUGUCUUGGCACCAUGCCCACCUUUCACAGUCUGGGCUGUGGUUAGCCACAUGGAUCACUUGGCCCACUUCAGUGGUUUCUCUCAGCAGUUCGAUGUUCUUGUGGCUCUUUCAAGCUUGACACUGGGAAUGUUGUGCAAACAUAGGUCAUACCUGUGUGUAAAAGGAAUCUCAAAGAAGUGAUUCAUGAAGGCUGGUCAGUGUCUUGUGAAACAAACCUGCUGUCAAAGUCACUGUGUGUGUAGUGUUUUCCUACCAGUAAUGUGCAGUCUCUUAUGGCAAACUAAGUGCAUACAGUUUCAUCUCUGAAAUCACCCAAGUACUCAUUUGGGUGAGGUGUGCUGUGUCUCUGCACUGUACUCAAGGAAGUGUGGAUGUCUGCCAUUGACUUGGCCCAGUAAAAGUGCCUUUGUUUUUUGGUGCCUUGGUGCCUUGGUGCCCUGGUACCUGGGUGCCUGGGGUCACAUUUGUUUGUGUGUGUGUGUGAUGUACCCUGCUCUCCAAGCCUCCCAUUCUUUACCAUGGAUCUUGACUCAGGUGGCAGCCAAGUGUGGUGUUUCUGACAGACAGCAGCUUCCUGAUACCCUCCAGCAUUUCCUCACCCACGACCUUCCUGCUGCUUCAGGUCUGCUCUGCACCACACAUCCCACCACCCCACUGCACCCUGCUCUCCUGCACCACCCCUCAGACUUUGAGUGGCAGAACUGUGUGGGAGCUCAACGUGCUGCAGCACUGAUCUCCUCAGAAAACUCAUUUGUCCACAAUAGUACAAAUCCUGGUGCAUAUAGUGCAGGCAGUGGAAGUGGAGGUGGUGUUUUCUGUGGGGUAGUGGGUUCUGGUGGAAUUGAGGGCAUCCAUCAAGAGUUGAGGAAUUCCAAUAGUGAAGAAAUUGUUCUCCCUGACCUAAGUUGCCCACCGCCAGGUCACGGGAACAAGGCUCACUUUUUGCUUGGAGCUCCAACCAGAAUGGUGUCAUCUCCUACUGGUAAGCCAACUAUCACUGUUAUCGGAGGAGACAAGAACAACAAUAACAAUAACAGCAGCAGCAGCAGCAGCUACAUCACUAAAGGCAAGAACUCAAGCAAAGUUGGUGCUAAUAUCCACAGUAACAUCAGCCACAACAAUAGUAGCAGUAACAAUCUCAAGAACAAGUGCACAGGCACAAAUAGGCCGCCAGAGCCAGACAGUGGUACUGACAUCAGUGAGGGUGAGCAGCUCUCCCAGUCCAUCUUAAAGUAUGAGGUCGAGCUCCGUGUGCCAUCAGUUACAGGGGAGGAAGUCAGACACCCAAGACCCAAACAGUCAAAUCCCUGCAAAGCAGUUGAUGCUAAGGAGGUGGAGAAACUAUUGCAAAAUGCCCUCUGGAAGAGCACCCAACAAGAGGAGAAGAAAAGCAUGGACAUUGUGGAAGCCACCAGUAGUGGAGGAUGUGACACAGGCUACUCAUCCCGCUGCUCCACCCCUCCAGGAAAUUUGAGUCUGCCUGCUGAUAGCUCAUCAGACACGGCAAACUCUAAGCAUGGCACUGGUACCUUGGAGCGACAGAGCCACUCUCCCAGCUCUUGCAGUAGUGCUUCUCAAGGUUCAUACCGGCAUCCCCGCCAAAAACGCAGACACAAUAGUAAUGGCAGCUCCUCCAACAACCAUGGCAGCAAUAGCAGUAGCAGCAGUAUUGCUGAUCAUCAGGAGUUUCCCAAGAACCACCACCAGCAGUACAAUCAUCCUAAUCACCAAAUCAGACCCAUACACAACAACCAAUAUCAUCAGUAUCACCAUCACAAUCAGGCCAGUGGUGGGGGCUUUGGGGGCAACCAAUACUACAGUCAUCACUACCCUAGCAACUUUGUGAUGAGGGACUGUCAUACAUACCAGAAUCGGAGAUAUGACAGAAACUACAACAACUAUGGACACUACAACCAGUAUAGUCGUGAUUAUAAUUAUCAUAAUAUGGGGGGGGAGCCACCACAUUAUGGGAGGUACAACCAAGGCCGGGGGUAUCACAACAGAUACCAUAAUGACCACCAAAACCAUGGAUACACACAAAGAAAUGAACCAGUUUGGGACAGGAGUGCACCACUUGUGGACCGUGCUGGAACCUUUAGCUGUGAAGUGAAGGGAGAUCAACGGUGGAAAUGUGAGGUUGUGGAUGCGCCCAGCCAACUGCUGACUGGCUGUGAAUGGGAUGGGCUCUCAAAACAGAUUUGGGACUUCUUUAAACAGCAUCAGCAAACCAAUAAGACUUUCAGUCAGAAGAUGAAGCUGAAGGAGAAGGUCCUGAGGGCCAUACGGAAUGUGCAUUGGGUCCAGGCUGUAAUUCCACACUGCCGACUAUAUGUUGUGGGUUCUUCUCUGAGUGGGUUUGGGGCUGACUGGAGUGAUGUGGACAUGUGCCUGAUGGUGUCAUGCCGAGACCUGGAUCAGCGCACAGAGGCAACUGCCAUCCUCCGCAUUCUUCAGCGUGAACUUUACAACUGUCCAUUUAUUGAGAAGAUGGAGCUGAUCCGAGCGAAGGUACCAAUCCUUAAGUUCCGAGAUGCCCAAACUCAGGUAGAUGUGGAUCUCAACUGCAACAAUGCUGUUGGGAUCCGCAACACUCACCUUCUUAACUCCUACUCUCAGUUGGAUUGGCGGGUGCGGCCACUGGUUCUGGUGGUGAAGCUUUGGGCCCAGCACCACAACAUCAACAAUGCCAAGAACAUGACCAUCUCUUCCUACUCUCUAGUCCUUAUGGUCAUUCACUACCUCCAGAAAGGUGUGGAGCCUCCAGUGUUGCCAUGUCUUCAGAAGAUCUUCCCUGAGAAGUUCCGUGCCCAUGGCCCAGUUACAAAUAUCAGUGUUACAGAGAAGAUGCCUACAUUCACGUCGAAGAACAACUUCAGUAUUGGAAAGUUGUUCCAUGGCUUUUUGGACCACUAUGCCAACAAAUUUAAGUUUAUUGAGGAGACAAUCUCAGUACGGACAGGAGGAACAGUACCCACUGCUCACUGCCGCUCAGUCCCGUCUAGUAAGAAUGAUUCUCGAAUGUGGAAAUACCUUUGCAUUGAAGAACCAUUUGAUCUGACGAACACUGCUCGAUCUGUGUAUGACGAAGAAGUGUUUAAGAGAGUGCGGAAAGUAUUCCUGGACUCCUACAAACUUCUGGAUGAAAAGAGAGACCUGUCUGCCAUCUUGGGUGAAACAAAACUUUGAGAUUAAGGAAGCAGGUUAUCUCUUGUGGCAUCAUGCACAGGUAUGGCUACUGUAUAUCAGUUUCAUAGCAUCAAAGAUAUGAUCCACCAGAACAUGGCGCUGACCUAAUUUGCUAAGUGGGAGUGUGAUGGUGGAAGGCAUCAUGAUGGAUUCAGAAUGGGACCAGUUUUUUUAUUAUUGUUUUUUUUUUAUUUUUUUAUUUAUUUUUUUUAUUUAUUCAUCUUUUUAUUAUCAAAUGUGUAUGUGUACUGAGAUGCAUGUAGGUAAUGUGUUCCAAAAGACAAUACUGAACAGACAGCAAUAUGGCUUUGGGGCUUCAUGCAUCAUUGUUGCCUGAGGUAUACCUCUGUCCAGAGCAGUCAGUUGUGUGUAAGUCAAGUUGACUUAAAGGAAUAAGUCAACAUGUUCCCAUAUUUUCUCAUUUAAUGUGGUAUCUAAAUAUAAAUCAGGUCAGCAGCAUUGUGGGAUAAAUAUUGAGUAUUUUUGUGAUAAUGGUGAAAUGAUAUUCGAAAGGGGGCUGUAAUAUUAGCAUACAGAGAGAGAGACAGAGAGAGAGAGAGAGAGAGAGGGAGAGAGAGAGAGAGAAGGGGGAGGGGCAGAGGAAAGUACCAAGCUUUUCCAGCCUGUCUAAAGUUCUGUCAUAUCAAGCAGUUUGUUGCAUUUAGGAAGAUCAUGUACUUAUUACUCUAUGAAGGAUGGUUUAUUAGAAAAAAUUUAGAUUGUGAUUUGCAAUUGUCAUAUCAAUAAUAUUAAACAUACAGCUGAUAUUAUAUGAUGUCCCUUGGAAUUUUGCGUCACCUUUUGUAUUAGAUAAAAUAAAAGAAACCCCAUGUUUGUUACCUGAUUUAGUGACAGCUAAUGAUGGCCAGUGAAAGUUCUACCUCUUUUGUGUCGUGGCAAGAGCUGCUUUCUCUAUACGCCAGGUGGCUCUGGCGUGUGUUCCUGCAGCUGUGUCAAGAUGGCCUUGCCUCCUUGUCCUAAAUACUUUUAUGGGUGAAGUAAAGGAUGUAGUGUAGAUUAUUAGGCAUUGCAAAGUUUUAUACUUGCAUCAUAAGUUGAUCAGCAAAGAAAUGUUGAAGUUUUAAAUUUUGUGCCAGUUCUUUUCAGAAAUAUCUUCCUUUUCUAGCAAGACAAAAAUUGAUGUGUUAACACUUGGAGUAUUUUAGUAUUAAUCUCAACAAAAAUCUAUUGAACGUUAAGUAUUCCAUUGUUUUGUUAUUAAAGUUAUGGUUCAGGUUAUUUAUUUAUAACUUGUCACCAUUGUCACUUGGUCAAUGUUGGGCCUCACUAGUGGAGAGUUUCCUUGCUCAUCAUGUGUCAAAGAGAGAGAGAGAGAGAGAGAGAGAGAGAGAGAGAGAGAGAGAGAGAGAGAGAGAGAGAGAGAGAGAGAGUUAUCUCCUUGAUCUUGCCAUUUUGUUUGUUGAAGUCUGGAAGUUGAAUAUUGUAGAAUUGAGGUAUCACCUUGUUAAAGUAAACACUGCAUGUUUUUGAGCUCUUUGAAGUAAUAUCACUAUGUAAAGUUUUUAGUUAUUGGUUCAUUUAUAAGAAAUAAAGGAUUUUAUGUUUUAGUUUACUUUUUAAGUUAAAUAUUAUGAUUGUGUUUUCUUGUUCCUAUAUGAGGCAAAAUUAAUUGAGCCUCCAGUGGUAUUUCAUGCCUGUUUGGUUCAUUUCUCUUAUUUUAUCUUUUGUGUAUGGUUGUUUACUGAUUUCAACUUGUUUACAAAGAACUUGUGUGUUGUAGUACAGCUCGAGUGAGUAAGCUGGCCUACUUACUGAGGAAUUCUUGAUUAUUAAGAAAAUAUUACUUUAACAAAAUUAGGUUAUCACAUGAUACUAUAGAAAUUAUACAGGUCCAUGUGAUGUGCAGUGGAUAGGAUAGUUGAGACCAGGAAGAAACACCUGGACCAUCGCCACCAUCACCACUAGCAUAACAGCAGAAACUGUGCGUCCCUCUUCCAAAACAAUGUUGUUAGUUGUGGUGGUGGUAGUGAUCAUAGUGGCUGCAGCUUAUGUUGCUGCACAUUUCCAAGAAGCUUAUCCCAGGCUUUCUCUAAGAGCAAGAAACUCUUCAGUAUUAUGCUCCUAAUGCAACCUGCCUUUGUGGUUACAUAUUGUAAUAUAGGCAAAUAAUGUAUGCUUCAGUAUUCACUUCAGAAAAAGUAAAAAAAAUUCCAAUCGAUGUUUUGUUAAAGAUAAUGCUGGCUCUGUUCCAGGUACUUGUUGUAGUCAUUAUGCACAGGGAAUAUAUUCUAUUAUAGGUGUAGAUCAGAAUGUUAUUGAUAAUACUUGUUUGUAGUAUAUUCUCAAUCAAGUAUCAUGUAAAUAAAACUGUUUGCAAUUAAAUAUGGACAGGAUAAAAGAGCUCAAUAUAUAAUGAAAAAUUUUCUUAAAAAAAAAGGGGGGGAUGGGGAGAAAGAAGCUUAUGUAUGUAGCUUUGCUCAGUCAUUGACAAUAUGAAUGUGAUAUCCCUCAAACUCUCGACUUCAGACAAUCGUCAAGUGUGAUGCUUAACUUUUCUCUGGCAGAUGGUAAACAAGGGAACUUCCCACACUGCAAGAGAUGGAUUUUACAUACACCAUCUGUAGAAUACAUCUGAUACUCUUGACAUAAUGCCAUGAAAUUAUGAAGAGAUUAGUACAGAGGCAGUGUGCCAGUUGUGGUGAGGUUUAUACAGGCUUGUGCAUAUGUUGAUACCAGAACAAGGUCAAAAUAAUAUUUUCCACAUCUUCAGUUGGGUUUUCAUAUGUUGAAGUUUUGCCAUUGGAAACUUAAGUACUGUAUAAACUUUGUCACUUAAUGUAAGCACUGUGUUGAGUGAGUGAGGGGCAAGCUACCAAUCAACAUCAGUAUCAUUUAUACCUCAAUGCCUCAGUGCACAUUAUACAUGAACUGUAAAGGUUGUAGCUGCCUUAUGUAAACUGUAUGAUAGUUGCUGAAUUAAUUCAUUCCAUUGUUGUAUAACAGUGUGGCUGUGUCCUAAUGCAUGUGCAUCACUUUUUAGGAGUCCUUCUCAUGUAGAACAGACAUGAAAUGAAGGCCUGUUACUGUUUAUGGCUCAGAGAAUGAAGUUAUUGAUGAUACCUGCUUUUGUCAUAAAGCUAAUUGAAAAUGAAACAUUAAAAAAAAAGGUUGUGCCAAACAUGUUUGAUGAGUGAGGUUAGCCUGUGAAAUGGGUUGGUCCAUCAUAGGCUCAGUGAGUUUGCCUCACUUUUUGUCAUAGGUUUCUUGGUUUCUUAUGAUUACUGUGAACUGAAAGUCGUCAAUGUAUUUCUGCUUUUGUCAGCAGGUAUGGACAUAGACAGAAUACCAGUGACAACUAAAUGCUUCAUAUAUAUAUAUAUAUAUAUAUAUAUAUAUAUAUAUAUAUAUAUAUAUAUAUAUAUAUAUAUAUAUAUAUAUAUAUAUAUAUAUAUAUAUAUAUAUACACACACACACACACACACAUUUUUUUUUGUGGGAUGCAAAAUGAGCAUGCUUUUAUAAUAAGUGAAUAAUAAGGUGUAAACCUAUUUCUUGAAUAGUGAUGAGUCAUAACUACAAACUUUUUUUUUUCUUCUUUUUUUUCCAGUCCUGCUGAUAUAUUAAGUGCCUCUCAAGAUAAAAAUAUUUUCUUAUUCCACAUACCCUCAAGGACUAGCAUAGACAGUUUAGUGUAAGUGGGGUUCACAACUGACAGUGUUGUGGAGGGUGAAGGGAUGUGCCCUCAACACUGGACGGCUCAUGGUGUGCAUUAUUAUAUUACAACUAAAGGUUGGAUAUCAUCCCCACUUGGCUUGGUUUGUGGUUUUACUUACAGUAUAAUGUUACUAUUGCGGUAUUUCAAGGUGUGCUUUUACUGUAAUUUUGAGAAAAAAAAGUAAUAGAAAAUUAGUACUGUUAUAUGAUCAUGUGCACUGUUUUAUGAUAAUAUACUGUAUAGUUAAUGAAAUUAUACAUAUUGGGUCUCACUAUUACUUUUUAUUAAGUUUGACUUAGAAUAUGUUUGCCUGGAUAUUAUUUGUGGUGAUUUUUUGGCAGGGUAACUUGAUGAUGACAUUACAGUUCAUAAAAUGGAUGCCAAGGAAAUAGAUUAUAUUCAGUUAUAACAUUAGCUGAAGUGUGUUUUCAGACAUUCCCACAAGACAUCGGACAUUUAGUGUUGAGAACUUGUUCAUGAGCACAUCUAGUUUUAUAGACCUUGAACAAUUCCACCUUGUGAACAUAUGAUUAUAUUUGCAGAAAAUUUACUGAAGUAGAAAAUUAGAAUUUCCCAUUGAUGUCAGCCUCUUUACCAACUCAUAACUUUUGCUUCAUUGGUCACUAUCAUCCUUUGCAGUGAUUGGCUGCUGGUAGAUUACCAGGAUGUUGGUGCCAUCAAUGCUUGUAUUGUACUUUUCUCUGUCACUCUCAAGUCCUGCACCUGAGUGUUUGUGUAGGUAGCUUCACUCAUUGUCAAGCAAAUAUUCAGUCUACCUUGAUAGUAACACCAUAAUUUUUUUUGUCACAACAGAACAUGCAAGGAUACAGUAGACUUUGAAGUUUAAAGUACUUGCAUUUGGUUAUUUAUUUCUUCAAGUAAAAAUGCACAUGGCUGCUAACACAUUAUAUAAACCAUGCUGGCAGACUGACUGAUCAGAAUUUUAUCUUAGAUUGAAGAUCUUGUUUUAGGUUUCAAUAACAGCUUGAUGUAAACAAAGUUGUAAUGAAUAAAGUUUAACAUCGUGAUAGGAAGAGGUUGAUCCAUCUACAGGUGAUUGUUAGUGCUGCAUUCCCCAGAUCCUCCUCUAGCAAACUGGGUCAAGCAGCUUGGUGUAUGAUCUGCUACUGAGUCAUGUAGUGAGGUCACACUUAGUUGCUCUGCCUCACAAGUACAAGGAUUUCUGUUAUUUACUUUUGGUGCAGUUGUUGCUAGAUGCAAUUGUCAUGCAUUCUUGUAGGCCACAAUAUGCCUCUACUUACAAUAAAGACAAAAGUGCAA